UCUUUACGAAACAGGAAAGGUGUCUAAGACGAUUGAUUGUUCAGAAGAAGUCAAGCGCUAGGAAAAAUUAAAGCCCAGGUAUUGUACAAUCCACAAAGAAAGAAAAAUAUGCAAAAUUAAAAUAACAUAGAAGUAUGCUGUUAACAAACAAAGGCUUGAUUCAAAGAAGCUAAAUAAGCACAAAGUGAAGACCCAGCGCCGAAGACCAGCAGUACAUUUUGCAAUGCAAGGGUCUAAAGUAAACGCAGUAAGGCUUGAGUAGAAUGCUAAGAUAGGGUAAGAUAGAUUAGAUUGAACCUUGACUAGGCAAAACAUGAAUGGAACUGCAGGGAAUGCAACUACAGGUCUGGACCAAGAAGCGAUCACCUCGCUUGCACUGGGAUACACAGUGAGCACAUUAGUGAUCAUUCUAAAUGGACUGGAAAUUUACAUAAUACGAAAGAGAUGGAAAAAGAUCACAGACUUCGAAUUGAUCCUCUUCAAUCUGGCUACAGCGGAUUGCUUGACUGGAAUCGCCUACCUUAUAAGUACAGGAUUAGAGACACACUGGUAUUUGACUGACAAGAGCCUUUUGGAAGAAAUUUACGCCGGCUCUUACAUACUAAUCUUCAUCGCAGUGAUAAUGUCAGUAAAUUUCGUUAUACUUAUUGGAAUUGAGCGCCUAUUCGCCGUUAGGCUCCCAUUGCAGCACCGUAUGUUCCAUAUGAAACGGAGGAGAGUAUACGGAGGCAUUGCCAUAAUCUGGCUUCUGACUAUCGUAAUCUGCGCACUUGCAGUAGUUUUGGAUCAUGUAAUCAAUAAUGGGAUACUAACCGAAUAUGGCUCGAAAUACCUUGGCAUUGCCUACGGGGCCUUCUUGUCUCUGCAGUCUCUCGUUAUAAUCAUUAUCUACUCGAGCCUAGCCUUUUACGUUGUAAAGCGACAAUCAAAGUUCAAGAAAUUCAAUAGAGCUACUUUUCAGGCUUCAAGGAAAAGCCUUGAGACAAGUUGGAAGAAGGAGCGUACCACACUGAUUGUCUGUUUCCUGGUCGUUGCAUCAUUUAUUAUUUGCACAACACCGUUUUCGGUUAAGUUGUACAAGCGCGAAACAGAAGAUAACGAAGACAUUGUACUAUUGACAAACUCAGCUAUAAACCCACUGAUCUAUUUUUUCAAAGGAUUUGUCGAGAAAUAUCACCGUAGAAAAAAAUUUGUUGACGAUGCUUUCAAGGUUAAUAAAGAAAUGGGAAGAACAAAACGAAUGCAUGUUGUUGAAGCUGCAAAUAACCCAGCAUUUGAAGAAAAGGAGGAUGAUUGAAUGGGUGUGACCAGAUUUGAAGCGGGUAUCACGCAAGCCCGAGGCCAGGAAGCUUUCUGGGGGGAGGAAGGAAGGGGGGCUGAUGCCACAAACUGUAACACAGUAUUUAAACCCAAAAUAACAUUUUCUUCAUCUAGGAUUGGGGGAGGGAGGGCUAAUCACUUCUGGCCUUGGGCCUGGGUAUCAGCCUGUUCUUCUCAAUUUUUCUACGAACAUUGGACUCUUCAUGCGGAUCCCUGCAGCCUAUACGCAUUUCAAAACUUUAUUAUUCAUAUAUUCUCAUAAACAUUCUCAUCGAACGAAUUGAGUUUGAUAACUAUUUCAUUAACUAUUGACAGAGAUAAAAUACUUACUUAAUAAAAAUUUGUUCUGUUAAUGUUAAACCGCUUGCAAUACAAGACUUGUUGCCACUCUAUGUGGCAGUCUUUAGAGUACUUUACAUCGCUUUAUAUUAUGCUCCACAAAACACUCCCCUCAUAACUCUUUCAUUCUCUGGCCGACGGAGGGAAACCCAGUUUGAUGUGUGCCACCAUACCCUUGAGAGGUAUUAAGUAAGUCAAUGGCAACUUAAUUGCAGCAGGCGGAGCUUGUACUUUGAAAAUAUUCAAUGCAUUUAUUUAGUUUUCUGUACAAAUGAAAAUCAUAUGUUAUAUUUAGACCCUUAUCGAAUUUAAAUAGCCAUAAUUAAAAGCAUGAUAUUAAACAUACAAAUGAUAUGAAUAUGUCAAUUUGAAAAUCAAAAUAAUACAUUUCUUUUUUGUCAGUCUUUACAAAUUUAUGAAUGAACAUGUACCAAUACACAAUACACUCUUAGCAACCAACUGGCAUUCCUUACAUUGACAUUCCAAAAUUACAUUGAUAUUUCAGGGAUCCAAGCAAUUGUAACACCGGGAUAUUUUCCAGACAUGUUAAACGCUAAUGUACAUGCUAAUUUUAAGUAUGGUGAUAACUUCUUUUCUUAAAUGUAGCUUGGGUGAUGAAAAUAACGAGUUUCAAAUAGAACGUGUACAUAGGAAAGGAAUAUUUAAGCUAUUUUGCACUCAACCAGGCUGAUUUCAUUCCUGUUUCAAACCAAAAUCUAACCAACUAUAAAGAUUAUGACCCCACCUAUAUUUCCGCUCAAGAAUGUUUUCACAAAGCCUCACCCUUUCUCUUCCUUCCUUACGGAUAUUACAGGUCUAUAGCUACUCGCUCUUGUCUUCACUUUGGUUAUAGUCGGAAAGGCGAUACGCCUACGUUCUACAACGUUGAUAAUUCGCUAAAGUCUCAUAGGACUAUAUUACCUUCUGUAUAAAGAAAAUAAUAUGUCAUUUUUUGGUCAAAUCCAUCUUUUGAUUUCAUUCUAGAUAUUUCAAUCAAUAGAUUCACUAUUUACCGUUUCAGAAUGCAGGGAUGCAGCAAAAGUUAAAUUUUUUGUAGGGAAAAUCAUAAUGUCUCCAAAAGGAACUACAAAGUGCUAUAAUCUCACAAAUAUUUUGAAAUAUUUCAUAUUUAUGACAUUCAAUUUUUCAUUCUUUUCAGAAAGGUUCCCUUCAGCAUGGGUUGGAUUUCAAGGGGCCCUCCGAUAAAUUAUUAACAAUAUUAAUCUACAAAUUAUGAAUUAAAAUGGUUUAAUUAACUCAAACUGAAAAAACCCUGCUUAAAUUUUUUUGAAUUUUAGAAAAUUUGGACGUUUUUGUUUGCUUGACUGGGGGGAGUCUUCAGCUCCCUGCCCCCAAUUAACAGGGCACGUCAUUAUAAUCUCAUGUCACAUGCAUUAUACCCUAGGUACAAAAGAAUGAAAGGAGGAGAGAAAAAGUCAGAACAAAGUCAAAAGUAUUGAUUUCCAUUUUUUAUGUCUUCUUUCGCGUCCUGAUUGCUUCACUUGCGUACUGUUAGGUCACAUGGUUUAUGAUCCCUAUCGUUUAGUCCUUUCCUACUUACAGUAAAUUGUUCCUUAUACUUGCAUACUGAAACGUUUAUAACAUAUUGAUUUUGCCAAAACCGAUUGUUGUCUCACUUCAUGUGCAUUUCAAAAACAAAUUGCCGUAACGUGCCAUACCCAUGCAAGAAAUGGCAGGACACA